AUGGCGACCGCACCAGAAAUUCCAAGCUUUAAUGAAAGCAUUCCCAAUGGCGGAAAUCCUCAAGAAAUGGACGUCAAUGCGCCCUAUAUCGGGCUCGAGUGGGAAUACGUCUACCAGGUAAUCAUGGGCUGCCUUGUCUUCCUGAUUGUCCCUGGUAUCGGUCUGCUGUACGGCGGGAUGGCACGGAGGAAAUCAGCCCUCGCCAUGAUAUUCCAGUCGAUCACUGUGAUGGCUGUGUGCACUUUUCAAUGGGCGUUUUGGGGAUUCUCACUUGCCUUCUCAAGGAAUGGAGGACCCUUCAUUGGGGAUUUGACCAAUUUUGGAUUGAAGGACGUUAUGGCUGCGCCGUCAUGGGGAUCUGCCGUCAUCCCAGACAUUGUCUUCUGCUUUUACGAACUCAUGUUCUGUGCAUGUGCAACGAUGAUCGUUGUGGGCGGCUCCUUUGAGCGUGGUCGAAUUAUCCCCUCCAUUAUUUUCGGCUUUUGUUGGGCAACCAUUUGCUAUUGUCCCAUCAGCUACUGGACAUGGAACGCCAACGGUUGGCUUUUCACAUUUGGAGCACUUGAUUUUGCAGGUGGUGGUCCCGUUCACAUCUCGAGCGGCACUGCUGGUCUAGCAUAUGCUCUGGUGCUAGGGAAGAGAAGUCGUUAUGGCGAGAAGCAUAUAUAUAAGGCUCACAACGUAACAAUUACCUUUAUUGGAACGGUCCUUAUAUAUUUUGGUUGGUUUGGCUUCAAUGGUGGCUCAGCAUUGAAUGCAAGUAUCCGUGCCAUGCUUGCACUCUGGAACACAAACAUGGCAGCAUGUACCGGUGCUGCCGGGUGGAUCAUGAUGGACUAUAUCAAGAAGCGAAAGUUCUCUGUCAUCGGUGGCUGCGAGGGAAUCAUUUGUGGAUUGGUCGGCAUUACACCUGCCGCAGGUUAUGUGUCAGUCUGGUGCGGAGCUGCAAUCGGCUUCAUCACUGCAGUGGUGGUUAACCUGUUUGAACAUGUCAACGAAUGGCUGAACAUCGACGAUGGGCUUGAGGUGUUUAAGCUCCACGGUAUUGGUGGCAUGUGUGGAGCCUUCCUCACCGGAAUCUUUGCAACCGCAUCGGUCUCAUCACUUGACGGAGUGACACUUGCGUCCGGUGGGAUCGACGGCAAUGGCGUUCAGAUCGCCAAACAACUAGCCGAGAUCGCUGCCAUCGCUGGGUGGUCAUUCACAUGCUCCUUGAUCAUGUUGAUGAUCAUGAAGUACAUCCCAGGUUUGCACCUUCGUGUAACAGACGAAGCUGAAAUGAUUGGAUACGAUCUUGAUCAGUUUUCGGACGAGGUGAUUGGUGAAUGGUCUUUGUUCACUGAUGAAACGACUGGUCGCCAAGCGUCAAUCACCCAUGGUAUUGCUCCUCCCGGAGAAACAUCAACACCAUCAGAGGGUACCUCGGAAAAUGCCACAGAGCAAAAGGUUGAGCCCAAGGAAGCUUGA